AUGCCAACCAACUUGAUCACUUUGUAUUCCUCCGAGGGUCAGUCUUCCCAGGCUCUUGCUGGGCCACAAGAGCGAAUCGAGCCUGUGGUAGAUAUUGUUGCAGUACACGGACUCCAGGAGGACCUUGUUAGCGCCUGGACAGAUCCCAAGGCUAAUGUCCUUUGGCUUCGAGACCUGCUCCCCCAAGAUGCCAAAAACAUCCGAGUGUUGACCUUUGGAUAUAAUGGCUCUCCCGAGUCUUUCUUCGGCAACGGAGGCGUGGAUCCAUUGUAUCCAACAGCAGAGACACUCAUCGCCACCCUUCACGCCAACCGGUCUCAAGCCCAGUGUCUCCGACGACCUAUCAUUUUCGUCUGCCAUGGUCUGGGGGGACUCCUUGUCAAGCAGGCUUUGCUAUAUUCGCAUGACCAGAUGGGCAAACGGACCAGUUUCUACCGCGAUAUCUAUACCUGCACUUCUGCCAUCCUAUUCUUUGGGACACCACAUGGCGAGAUUGAUAAAACCGUUUGGCUACCCCCAAAACGGCUAUCAAAAUCCUCGGACACUAUGCAAUAUGGACCCAUAGAUGCGCUGAGCAAUACCAAUCGCGCCUUCAGAAGCCAUCAAAAUGUCUUCAACAUAUUGUUCCUGUGGGAAGAAAUCGUGACCCAUGUCAAGGAAUCCUCGGCCGCCCCGCCGCUGGAUGCGCAGCGCUCAGGCAUUCCCGCAGACCAUAUGAACAUGACCAAAUUCACGAGCAGGUCGUCUCCAGGCUACUGCACAGUUGUCGCUCCGCUGCUUGGUUUCAUCCAAAAUGCUCCUUCAGAGGUCGCUCACAAAGAGCAGGAUCAAGGCGUUGACGACACAUCUUUUUUCUCGCAGAAGGACGUCUGCAGUAUUUUCGAUCCUCCGCUCGAUGUAUUACAGCAAACCUUUGCUUUUGUUGGCCGAGAACAGGAGCGCAAACAACUUGAGGACGCAAUGUUUGCAUCCCAUGCAAACCUGCAGCCAACGGAACCAAAAAUAUUCGUCAUACAUGGUAUGGGAGGCUGCGGAAAGACCGAACUCUGUUCCAGGUUUGCUACCAGCCAUAGGGACCGUUUUCAAGCAGUGUUCACCAUCAAGGCGUCAUCGCAGGACCAGAUCCAGACGACAUACGCUGAAAUCGGAAGCAAGGGUGGUUUAGAGGCAACCGAGAAGGCGGCCCACCACAUCCUAUCUCAUCUCUCGAGGCCCUUUUUGCUCAUAAUCGACAAUGCCGAUGAUCCAGGACUUGCCAUAGGAAAACUUUUCCCCAGAAACAAAAACGCCCACAUUCUCAUCACAACUCGGAACUUGGAGCUCCUUAGCGUCGCGAAGGCUGGAUCACUGGAAUUGAAAGGUCUCAAAGAAGAUGAAGCACUACGUUUGCUGCUCAGUCGUGCUGACAUCCCAUACCCGGUGGAAGAUCCCGCCAGAACUCUCGCCGCCAAGAUAUGCGAAACCCUUGGUUUCCUGCCUUUGGCUUUGGUAGUCGCAGGAACCUAUAUCAAAAGCAGACAGUUCGGCUCACGCUUACAAGAUUAUCUCGAUUCCUAUGACUCAUGUCGAAGAUCCUACAAGCCUUCUCAUAUCAAGAUGGAUUCUGCUAAUAUGGCCAAAACUACGAAUAUGAAGACAGUGUACCCAACUUUUGAUCUCUCUUUAGCAUACCUUGAAGCUCAGAACUCAAUUGCAUGUCAGGACGCCCUUGAAAUCCUCAGCAUCGUCGGGUUUUAUCACUUUGAACGAAUCGGAGUUCAUAUCUUUACAACCGCAGUGAAGAACAGGUCGAUAUCGUUGACCCGUCAGCGUAUACCUUCGAUGAGUGCGAAGUUGCUUGCCCCUUUUCUCGCGCGCUUACAGCCUCCCGUUCUACUACCAACCUUCCUGAAGACUCGAUCUGCAGUUUUAGAGAGAUGUCGCGCCGAAGAUGCGCUUGCAGAGUUGGCGUCUUUGUCCCUAAUACGCUGGGAUGGACGCUCGGAUGGGGCGGCGCCAACCUUCUCACUGCAUCCCUUGGUUCACGCUUGGGCUCAGGAUAGGCUCGGGGAGCAGCAACACGUAUACGCCCACAUUGCAUUCAAUAUUCUCGCAGAGGCCAUCGUGCUGCCCUCCGAUAACCCUGGCAAGGACGACAUUGAUGUUAAGCAGGACCGUGAAAAUUUCCACAGAAGUUUGCUCCCUCAUCUGGACGCCUGUUUGAGUACCUGCCGUAUUAAGAUCGGGCCUUACAAGACCUAUUUAUCAAGAGUCUGUCUGUCGCUAACACCUUUCCUUUCCCCGACAUCGCUGUCAAUAUUGAUGCAGCAAUCAUUGGCAGCGGCGAAGAGCGGGUAUGUUUAUGCGGAAUGUGGCAAGUUCCAGAAGUCAGUCCACUACUUAACAAUGGUGAAAGACCUACUGCAUGAGCUGCUAGGUCCGAGACACAAAAGUACGAUGAGCAUCAUGCUGGGUCUUGCCAAGGUCUACUGGGGUCUUGGUCGUCUUGAAGAAGCAAUUGACCUUCAGACACUUGUCGUCAAAUCACGGAAGCAAGUCCUGGGCGAGAACCACAUCGACACCCUUCUGGCCAUGGACGAGCUGGGACGUUCUCGCUGGUUGAAUGGGCAAUACAAAGAAGCCUUGGAGCUCUCCAAUAUCAGCAUGAAGCAAAUGAGACUUAUGCUGGGACUCAAGGAUGACCGCACCCUGGCGGCGAUGGACAACUACGGAGUUGCACUUGCGUCGUGGCAUCGAUUUUCCGAGAGCGCCGCCAUUCACAAGGAGGUGCUCAACAUGCGCAAGGCAAACUUGGGCCCCAAGAACUUGGACACCCUGAUAUCCAAGAAUAAUCUGGCCAUGUCUCUUCUCGAGCUGAAACGCUUCGACGAAGCUCAAACUCUGAUGAGUGAAGUGUUUGAGGAGAGGAAGAGGCAGCUCGGCAAAGAACACCCCUGGACGUUGUGGGCGCUUUGCUGGCUCGCAAAGAUCAAGGUCAAGAUAGGGAAGCUCGACGAGGCGGAAGAACUACUCCUCGGCGGAAUCGAGGCAGGCGUACGAAGUUUGGAUGAGAAUCACCUGGGCGUUCUCAUGGGAAGCGGCGAGCUGGCUCGCGUAUACUCUCGCCAGGGUCGCCUGCACGCUGCGUUCGACCUCCUCUCCGACACGGUCGAUCGCCUCGAAGGAUCCAGGGGCAUUGAACAUCCGGAUUGCUUCUACUCCCUCUGGAAAUUAGCUGUCCUCCAUCAUCGCCUUGGCAGAGUGAGGGACGCGAGCGACACUUGCAAAGUCGCCCUGGAACGGGCUCGCAAGAGGUUGACUGAUGCACACCCGUUGGUGGACAUGAUCGCUGCCGAUUUGAAGGGCUUCCAGAAAUCUCUUCGGCCACCGAGUGAGUGGGAGAAGGAAGAUCGAUCCGAUGUGUCGCCUUGCACUCAGCCUGGAAUGCUCGAUCGAAAACGCAGUUUCCGGCCUCGCACCCAACUGACUUGGUAG